CCAAAUAAGAUAUACAUGCAGAAAUAUAUAGUGUACAACACACGCACAGAGGUUUUGGCCUUUCUUGCCCCAGUCGUCUCACCCCAGGGGUCCCCAGGACAAGCCAGCAGUGCACCACGCGGCGGGUCUCGCUGCUGCCCCCAGCGGCUGGAAGGAGGUGGGAGCGCGGCCAGAGGAGGUGUCUUCUUUAGCGCCUUCUGCGCAUGCGCUGCCGACAGGUGGGAGCCCUGGGGAAGGGGACUCAUUGCGCAUGCUCAGAGCGGAAGCAGUGCGGAGAGGGCGCGAAGUGGCAGAGCAAACACGGUGAGGGUGAAGGUCGAGGAGGUCACCUCACACAGGAUGCAGCCCAACGGGGCGCUGGAACAGCCACGGGCCCAGCCUGUGGACAUGUCUCUAGAGGAGGGAGCACAGAGGGAGAGCCCAGGGCCUGCAGAUCAGCAAUUUCAUGGUGCCAGAGAGGAGCCCGUUUCAGACGCAGAGUCAGAUGAAGGUGCAGCGGCCCUCAUCAGAGCUCAGCAGCAGCCUCCUGAAGAAGGGUCUGCGAACCUGGAGCUGCCGAGGACUUCCCCAGGGAGACCGGGGGAGCGGGGUGCCCUGAGCCCUGAGCGGGGCCAGCUGCAGAAGGGGCAGGGCAGGUUCGCAAGGCGGGGAGAGAGCAUGGAGCUCUGGGAGGCCUUUGAGGAUGUGGCUGUGUACUUCACGCGGGAGGAGUGGGAGCUGCUGGAGGAUGCACAGAAGGGGCUUUAUCGGUACCAGAUGCUGAGGAACUGCCGAGCCCUCAUUUCUCUGGGAUAUCAAGGUCCAACACCCAACUUAAUCUGCCGCAUCCAGCGAGGGCAAGAGGAGCUCUGGGUUGGUGACGAUGAGGAACGUGGGGACAUCUCAGGGUUGGAGGUCUUGCUGCCAGGAGGCGCCUGGCUGCUGAGCAGAGCUGAGGAGCAAGGUCGUGAGGAAGGGCCAGCAAACCUGGAGCCAACCUGGACUUCCUCAGGGAGUUGUGGCAUGAUGGAGUCCCUGAGACCUGAGGAGGACCAAUGGCUCAAGAGUCAGGGGAGGCCCCAAAAGCAGAGGGAGAAAGCAGCAAACCAGGGAAGAAGCCACAUCAGUGCCUUGUGUGUGGGAAGAGCUUCACCCAGUCCUACAACCUGGACCAGCACCAGCGCAUCCACACAGGAGAGAAGCCACAUCAGUGCCUUGUGUGUGGGAAGAGCUUCACCCGGUCCUCCCACCUGGCACGGCACCAGCCCAUCCAUACUGGGCAGAAGCCACAUCAGUGCUCUUUGUGCAGGAAGAGUUUCACUGACUCCUCCAGCCUGGCCAUCCACCAGCGCAUCCACACAGGGGAGAAGCCACAUCAGUGCUCUCAGUGUGGGAAGAGCUUUGCCCACUCCUCCAACCUGGCCCGACACCAGCGCAUGCACACAGGGGAGAAGCCACAUCAGUGCUCUGUGUGUGGGAAGAGCUUUACCCAGUACUCUAGUCUGGCCCGGCACCAGCGUGUCCACACAGGUGAGAAGCCACAUCAGUGCUCUGAGUGUGGGAAGAGCUUCACCCAAUCCUCCCACCUGGCCCGGCAUCAAGGCAUCCACAGAGGUGAAAAGCCACAUGAAUGAUCUGUGUGUGGGAAGAGCUUCACCUACUCUUCCAGCCUGGCCAAUCACCAGCGUAUCUAUGCAGGGGAGAAGCCACAAUAGUGCUGUGAGUAUCUGGCUAAACCCUAGCUUCCACCACAUCUAGUGGCCACACGUCCCACACUUUAGUUUCAGGCUGGGUGUAAAAGAACUUUUUCAUUAGCUUUCAGCUGACAAGCUGCUCAUUUCCUGUUGCAACCCCUGGUUCUUGCCUGGGGGGAAAUGGUCAAUAAUAAAUCCCUAUGGACUUUC